GCGGGGCCCGCCGAGCCCUCCAGCUCCUCCCCGCGAAGGGAGGCGGCCGCCCGUCGCCCCGGACGCCGGUGGAAGCCUCACCUCAGCGGAGCGGCGGCCAUGGCAACAGGACAAGCUGCUAAAUCAGCAAGGACGGUUGUCAUCACUGGUGUUCCAGAUGGCCUUCUGCACGAUGAUGUCAUGACUGACAUACUGGUGAUUCACUUCCAAAUGUCCAAGAAUAACGGGGGAGAUGUGGAAGAAGUACUGUAUCCAACAAUGGAAAAAGGAGUUGCAUAUGUAACUUUUGAAGAUCAAGAAGUUGUAGAGAGUGUUCUAAAGAAGGAUGACCAUCGACUAGAAGACAAGAGGUUGUCCAGAUACUAUCCGCUGAAAGUAACCCGUUACUGUGAACACGUCUUCAGCUCAGUCACGUCUAUCCUCAAUAUGUCUAUUUUCAAAGAUCAAUUUGUUUUAGAAGAUCUGAUACAAGAACUUAAAAAGAAGAGCACAGCUUUGAGCUUUGGUCCUUUGCAAUCCAAUGGGCAUAUUUCUGUUCAAGGGCCAUUUCCAGCAAUCAAAUUGCUAAGAGACUCUCUCUUACUAAAAGCAAAAUCCCUUUCAGAGAAGGACAAAGGAGAAGAAAGUAAGCCCCAUCAGAGACCAAGGAGGAGGCUACAGCAACACAGACUUACCACAGAGACAAGUAAUUUCAUUUAUGAUGCGGAUUGGGAAAAACAAGUGGUUGUCCUUGACACAGAUACAUAUCACUACAUGAAGUACUUUUAUCCCAGGACAUUCCUAGUAAAUGAUGAUGUUGUAAUUUCGAACAUUACUGAUGGUGAUAUAACUACAGUGUAUAUUGAGAAAGCUGGAAGUAGGGCUGAUGCUGAACAGGUACUAAGAGUCAAAGAGAAAAUUGAAAACCGGUCUCUCAAACUCCAUAAUGCUUUACGUAAAGAAAGGAUUUACUUUGAGGAACAAACUGCAGAUGAAAAGCGGAGAUAUAAACAGGUGUGUGAAAGUCUAAAACCCCAUUACCCUCAUGUUUUGAUCAGUCUUUACGAUACUCACGUUGAUGUUGUAGGUAAUUCUUCUGAGAUUUUUGAAUUUAUAAAGGAAGUGAGCAAUAAGAUUCAGAGCCUGCUUCAAACUAGGUAGGAAGUUAGUGUUCGUGCUUUUUAACAUUGUGCUUCUCACACAGACCGUACUGGUGCAACCUGUGCACCUCUGUGUCCCUGCAGAUCUGUCACAUUCCUCCCACUCACGGGCUGGGAAGGGGAAGUCUGCAUACGAGGGUGAACAAGCCCAUUCCCCUGAAAUUCGGAAUUAACUUCAGAACAGGAAACAAAUGAUCUCUGUAUCUCUCGUGAGCUUAGAGACUGAAGAAGUUAGGCCUCCUCUGUCCGGAUAUAGCCACCUUUUUCCUUUUGUUAGCUGCGUUCUGGGCACACACGCACUCAUUUCAUCUUGCUGUCAGCGAGCAUAUGAUAAGAAAAGAGGAUUUUUUUUUAAUAGUUCUCAUUAGCAUAAGAAUUCAGACUGACAAAGCUGGGCGAGCCAAUCUGAUAUGACAUACUGCGUUGAAGUUGAGUUGUGUUUCUUUGUGCUGGGAGACAGGAAUAGGAGCCUUUUUCUGUUGCCUUUAAUCGGCAGAAGGAAGUUCUCGUCAUUGGGAUGCAUGAAGAAGAUAGAGCUUUGACACUUGAGGGGAUGGAAUGUUUUAUUAAAUUUACAGGCUUGUCAUGUCCUGAGAAAGACCUUAGAAGAUGGCAUUGGAAGUUCUUGACAGUAGAAAAUAAGUGUAUUUGUUUUCAUAAGAGCUGUUAUGGGGUUUUUUGCAGCUGUAACAGCAUUUGCAGCAUCCCAUGACAGCAUGUUAUUUAGACAUGAAAGUAUAUCCAAAGUUUUGAUGGGAAAAUCUUGGGACAUUUAGACUUUUGAAUCAGAUUCAGUUUAUGCAAGUCUGUUUAUAUAUCUAUUACAAGGGUCUAAAUUGCCAUCCUAAUUUAGGCUUUUUAUAAAACUGAUUUAGAAGAUAACUUACUUUAUGUGUUCAGGAUACUUUGUCGAAACAUUGAGAGCACCAGCUCUUUUGUCUUAUGUGCAGGAAAAGUUUUAUUUUUUUAUGCCAUUAAAGAAAUUAGUUAU